CUCUCCCCAAGGGCACUGAGUGCCCUUCAGUGUUCUACUGCUCAACUCUUCACUUCUUCAAUGCUUGCUCAGUGAUGGCUUUUGGAAUUGUGCUCCUCCUGGGUGUCCUGGCUUCUUAUCAUGGAUUCAACUUGGAUGUGGAGGAGCCUGUGAUAUUUCAAGAAGAUGGAGCUAGCUUUGGACAGAGUGUGGCCCAGUUUGACAGAUCUAGUACAGUCACCCUUGCACUUGAAGCCUGUGGCCCCACCAUGCACAGAGUCUGUGGGGAGAAUAUGUAUGCAGAAGGCUUCUGCUUCCUGUUGGGCUCCCACCUGCAGACCAUUUGGACCAUGCCUACUUCCCUGACAGAGUGUCCAAGUCAAGAGAUGGACAUUGUCUUCCUGAUUGAUGGUUCUGGCAGCAUUGUCCAAAGUGACUUUAAGCAGAUGAAGGACUUUGUCAGAGCUGUGAUGGGACAGUUUGAAGGCACCAACACCCUGUUUUCCCUGAUACAGUACUCCAACCACAUGAAGAUCCACUUCACCUUUACCCAAUUCCAGAGCAGCUUGAGCCCUCAGAGCCUGGUGGAUCCCAUUGUCCAACUGAAAGGCCAGACAUUUACAGCCACGGGGAUCCGGACAGUGGUGGAAGAACUAUUUCAUAGUAAGAAUGGGGCCCGAAAAAGUGCCAAGAAGAUCCUCAUUGUCAUCACAGAUGGGCAGAAAUACAAAGACCCCCUGGACUACAGUGAUGUCAUCCCCCAGGCACAGAGGGCUGGCAUCAUUCGCUAUGCCAUUGGGGUGGGAAAUGCUUUCCAGGAACCCACUGCCAGGCAGGAGCUGAACACCAUUGGCUCACUGCCCUCUCAGGACCACGUGUUCAGGGUGGACAACUUUGCAGCACUCGGCAGCAUCCAGGAGCAGCUUCAGGAGAAGAUCUUUGCAGUCGAGGGAACCCAGUCGAAGACAAGUAGCUCUUUCCAACAUGAGAUGUCACAAGAAGGCUUCAGUUCAGUGCUCGCAAUGGAUGGACCAGUUCUGGGAGCAGUGGGGAGCUUCAGCUGGUCUGGAGGUGCCUUCCUGUAUCCCCAAAAUACAAGCCCCACUUUCAUCAACAUGUCUCAAGAGAAUGUGGACAUGAGGGACUCUUACCUGGGUUACUCCACUGAGCUGGCCUUUUGGAAGGGGGUCCAGAGCCUGAUCUUGGGGGCCCCCCGCCAUCAGCAUACUGGGAAGGUAGUCAUCUUCACCAAGACAUCUGGGCAAUGGAGGCCGAAAACAGAAGUCACAGGGACUCAGAUCGGCUCUUACUUUGGGGCCUCCCUCUGCACUGUGGAUGUGGAUAGAGAUGGCAGCUCUGACCUUGUCCUCAUCGGGGCUCCUCAUUACUACAAGCCAACCUGGGGAGGGCAGGUGUCUGUGUGCCCCUUGCCCCAGGGGAGGGCUAAGUGGCAAUGUGAGGUCAUUCUCUUUGGGGAGCAAGGCCACCCUUGGGGCCGCUUUGGGGCAGCCCUGACAGUGCUGGGGGAUGUGAAUGGGGACAAGCUGACGGACGUGGCCAUCGGGGCCCCGGGAGAGCAGGAGAGCCGGGGUGCUGUCUACCUUUUUCAUGGAACCUCAAGACUGGGCAUCAACCCCUCCCACAGACAGCGGAUCACAGGCUCCCAGCUCUCUCCCUCACUCCAGUAUUUUGGGCAGUCGCUGAGUGGGGGUCAGGACCUCACCCAGGAUGGAUUGGUGGACCUGGCUGUCGGGGCCUGGGGACAGGCGCUGCUGCUCAGGAGUCGGCCAGUGCUGAAUGUGGGGGUGGCCAUGAGAUUCAUGCCAGCGGAGGUGCCAAAGGUUGUGUACCAGUGCUGGGGAGACAUGCCAUCCACCCUGGAAGCUGGGAAUGCCACAGUCUGUCUCACUAUCCACAAAAGCUCACUGGACCAGCUAGGUGAUGUCCAAAGCUCUGUCAAGUAUGAUCUGGCAUUAGACCCAGGCCGUCUGGUUUCUCGUGCCAUUUUUGACGAAACCAAGAACUGGACUUUGACUCGAAGAAAAACCCUGGGAAUGGGAGUUUACUGUGAAACCAUUAAGCUGCUUUUACCAGACUGUGUGGAGGACGUGGUCAAUCCCAUCAUCCUACGCCUCAACUUCUCCUUGGUUGGGGAGCCCAUCCCCUCAUCUCAGAACCUUCGCCCUGUGCUGACUAUGGACUCCCAGGACCUCUUCACUGCUUCUCUCCCCUUUGAGAAGAACUGUGGACAAGAUCACCUCUGUGAAGGGGACCUGAGCAUCAAUCUCAGCUUCUCAGGCCUGCAGACCCUUGUGGUAGGGAGCUCCCUGGAGCUUAAUGUGACAGUGACUCUGUGGAAUGAGGGUGAGGAUUCCUAUGGAACUGUGGUCCACUUCUACUACCCAGCAGGGCUGUCCUAUCGACGAGUGUUAGGAACACAGGUAAAUAUCUCCCUUGUUCUCUUAUGUCUCUUCCCUGCCCUGAGUUACAGUAGGUUCUUUUUAAUUCUUCUACGAUGAAAUCUAAACAUAGAU